AGCAGAGUUAUAAAAGAAACACGGAGAGAGCUGCCCAGAGGCCAGUUUUCAGAAACAGAGCAAAGAAUCUGAAAGGCACCCUUAGGAUUCUGCUGGGAACCUCAAGGAACAUUUUUUGGAGGCGUGAAUGGGUAUCCCUUUUACAGCUUGCCUUGUCUUCUGUGCACUGGGAAAUGAAAGUCUGGAACCUGCUCCCAGUCAGUAAACUCUUGACAGUGGACUAGACUGCAGCUGUGCUAAUAAGCUAUGGCCAUCGUGGUGAGCAUUUUUCCAGUUCUCCUUUGGAGAAUGAUGGCAUUUCAGACAAACUUAUUGCAGGCUAAAGGAAUUCAGGUUCUCCCACCUGUUAAUUUCACCGUCACAGUCUCUGCACUAGCAGAAGUACUUUUGCAAUGGAAACCAAACCCUGAUCAGGAAAAGAAUGACACUAUUAAUAAAUAUGAGGUGGAUAUUAUGACUCCUAAGUUGGACCCAUUUGAUACAAAGAAAACUUGCAGUACCUGUACGGUUGUGCUUCAUAAUGGUUUUUCUGCACGUAUUCGGACAUUGCUUCUCUAUAACAACUCACAAAUGGAAAGUAACUGGGUUACAGCUAAACUUCAAGCCCCACCAGGUGCUGUUGAGACAUCAGUCACUAACUUGUCCUGUGUGAUUUACAUGGCCAUUAAUAAUACUGCAUCUCUUCAUUGCAACUGGCUUGCUGGCAAAGAGGCACCAGAAGAUACAAAAUACUUUCUAUUUUACAGGUAUAAUAGCUACACUGAAGAAUGCCAAGAAUAUAGUAAAGACAACUGGAAGAGAAAUAUUGGUUGCCGAUUUUCAAACACUUACAUAAAGACAAGUGAAAUUGACGAAGUCGUCGUACACAUUAAUGGGUCAAGCAAGUACACUGCAAUCAAACCUUUUGAACAGUUAUUUAAUCCAAAUGCCAUUGAGAAAGUGAAUCCUCCCAGAAAUGUCACCGUGUCUUUAAAACAAAACAACCUUCUGGUCACGUGGGAAAUGCCAGAUUCUUUUUUCAAAAAGGAAUGUUUUGAAUAUGAAUUUAACAUCUACAACUGGAAGACAGGUUACAAAAAGACAUGGGAAACGAAGUUAAAUAGUUUCAGUUUAAGGAUUGAUGACACCUGCAGAUAUUCCAUAAAGAUAAGAGCUAAUCAUCAAUCAUGGUGUAGUGAAGGAAUUUGGAGUGAAUGGACUGAAUCUGUUUAUAUUGGAGAAAACCAGCCAAGGACUUCAUUAGACUCCAAGGCCUACAUGGUUCUCAUUGCGCUUAUAGUAUUCGUAUGUUCCAUGGCAUUGCUUAUUGCUAUAAUAUGCAGAAAAUAUCACUUAUGGAGCAGACUAUUUCCACCAAUUCCAACACCCCAAAACAGUAUAAAAAAUCUGUUUUUAAAUAAGAGCUAUCAGAGAGCACGUACCUUUACCAGUGAAACGGAAACAGAAAUUGGAAGUUGCUUUGAAGAUCUUGGAAGUUAUGUUGAAGACCUUUCUUCGGAUGUCCUUGAAGAUUCUUGUAAUCUGUAAUCCAUUCAUGAACUUGAAAUUAACGGGAGUGUUACUGCAAGUGACAACAUCUUAGAUUGGAUGAACCUUCAGAUCAUACCAUCAUUAGUGCUUCAAAGACAGAAAAAUGUGUUGCUUCCAAGAGGUGAAGUUGCUUAAUUCCAAGCUAACACAUACAAAUGUCACUUUUUAAGAAAAAAGUGAGUACAUUCUAUGACACUCUGUACCUCAGGGGGGACACACUACACCCCCAUGUUCAUCUUUAUAAUAUGAUUGUGUGGUAUCCAACGCAAAGUUUGUCAUGUUGGGUGUCUUCGGAAGGCUCAUGAUGCACUGAGCAUGGUUGUUAUAGUGAUGUUACAGUAAGGUUAUAGGUUAUAAUUUCAUGUAUAUAGUGACGAGGCUGAAAAUGUAUCUUCAUGGCUUAAAGCAAGCCCUGGCAAAAACUCUCCAAGAACAGAGAGGCAGUUCACACCUCAUCAGGGCAUGGAUGGGACAAACCCAGCCCAGCCUCACAGGAACAAUGGACAUUGGCUUAGGCAGCAACAAAAGAAUCUGUUAGACCCUUGAGGGAGUCACCCCUUCCUUUGGGCAGUUUGGGACUGCAAUGUGGUAAUGCUCACCUGACUCUGAAGGGGGGGCAAAGCCAAGAGGAAAGAAAAGGGAGAGACAUUUUGCCAUGCUCUCUCUCUCUCUUCCACCUACACUUACAGACACCACCACCACCAAGCGACUGAAGCGCUGAUCACGGGGAGAGCCUGACUGAAAAGCCAGCCUGUGGUGAGAAGCAUCUAAGUUUUUAAGGACAUUGAAAGUGUUAAGAUCAGCUUAGAAUGUGUUUUGCUUUUAUUUCAUUUGACCAAAUCUGACUUGUUUUGCUUUGACUUAUAAUCACUUAAAUCUACCUUUAUAGUUAA